AUGGAGAGUGUUGUUAAACGGUACAUAAGGAGUGAGUCGGCGAGUUGCGCUCAUAUGGUCGAAGAAAGUACGGCUAAUAACAGGAAGACGGCAGAUCCCCAUGAGAAGUUGAAGGCCCUGUUGAAUUCGCCCGACGAUGACACUGAUGACACCCUCCCACCUUCGGAUGCUCCUAAAUUCGGGACUGUUAUACACAAUAGGAUCUUUGUUGGUGGAUUUUCUUUGACGACAACUGAUGAGGAUCUUUGGAAGUUUUUCUCUGGGUUCGCCACGGUGACGGCGGCCAGGGUUAUCUACGACAGGGCUGGUGUCUCCAAGUGUUACGGUUUCGUCACCUUCGCGAGUCCGAGGGUCGCGAGGCUGAUCGUCAAACAGGUAUUGUGGUUUUUAUUAAAAUACUUUUAG